UCUCUGCCCUGUCACUCUCUGACGAAACACUCUUUUCUGCUUGCUUGCUUGCUUGCUUGCUGCCCAGCUCUCUUUGGCCUCUGCUCUUGCCGUGCCUGGUCGGCCGCUCCACCUAUACAGCCCAACUGACGGAAUCGUUGCCGCAUGGCUUGAGCGUUUUUUCCCUUUGACCAAAAAAAAACCAUGGACGGCGGUGAUCCGGCAAUGCCCACCUCCAAGAGGCCCCGUUUGGAUUCGGCCAAUACCGCGUAUAUCGCUGGUCAUCCCCCUCCACCAACAACCCAACCUGCCCAUUCUUCUGCCCAAUCCAGUCGCCAUUCCUCCCUCUCGACGCCUGUCCACCCGUCUCCUCCACCGAACCGUCACUAUCCUCCUCCACCACCACCACCACCACCUCAUCACCCUCAUCCUCCGCCUCCACCGCACUCCCGGCCGCCUCACCAACCCUACUCUCUACCUGCGCCUCCUCCACCUCCUCCACCUCAGUACCCCCAGCAUCAUCAACCGCAACAGCAGCAGCAGCAGCAACAUCAGUCUCCUUCUCAUCCUCAACUACCCCACCCUUCCAAGCUGCCUCCUCCGAAUCCGAGUCACCGCAUUAAUGGCCUUUCAGGCACUCCAGUGACCCACUCGGUGAGAGUCUCUCAGGACAACAUCGACACAUAUCGCCCGUCACCUACACCACAGCCGACUUCAGCACCCGAGCCCCCACCUUCCAGGGCGCACAGCGUCCACGAGGAUCCUAGGAUGGCCAACACCAAUCCUUCGAGCCCGUGGCACGCGAACUCAGAUCCCCGCAAUGGACAUCCAAUUCCAAAUGGAUAUCACACCAUGAGUCCCCCCAAUCAGGUCGAGCAGCCCUUCCAAGCCCCACCUACACAGCCGGGUCAACAUUAUGCGCCGCCCCCUCCCGUUGGUGGAUACAACCCAUCCUCUUACAUGUCGCCGCAGUAUGCUUCAGGAUCCGCCCAAGUGAGAAGGAAACAAGUUCGAGCUACCCAAGCCUGUAACCAUUGCCGCUCGCGGAAGCAGAAAUGUGACGAGGCCAGGCCAUGCCAAUUUUGUCGCGAAAACAACUUCGAUUGCCAGUAUAAAGACGUUCCAGUUCCAAAACAGGAUCGUACCAUGAUGCAGCUGCAGGAGGGUCAGAAUGAGAUCGCUGCAACGCUCAAGAGCUUUAUUGACAGUUUCAACGUCUGGAAACAGAACAUUGAAACUCGAUUACCACCAACCAAUGGUAGCGAUGGUUUGACCAUGAGCAUGGAGCAACCGUCUCCGAGCAACACCUUUGACGCUCGAGGUUCCAUGAGCGAACGGCGCACCUCCCAAAUGCCUACUCCUGUCCAGCCACGAUCGCAGUUGAGCCGUGUCAACAGCAUGAAAACAGAGUCGCCAAACGCCAUGAACUCGCACAUAUCGCCUGUACCUACUACUGCCUCCACCCCCAUCAAGCAAGAGGCGCCUGCUCCAACAUUCCAACCACCCCCUACACCCGUUGGGAGCGUACAUCGUUCCCAAUCUGCUGGUGAUAACCCUGAGGGGCUGCAGAGCGACCACACGACCCCGGCCCAUAUGCUGCUGCCUCGGCUGGCUGCGCAGUGGAACCUAGAUCAACGAAUUCCCGAGCUUAAAUGGCUUACAGACAUCGGCAAACUCAUCACGGACUACCCUCUGCACUAUGAGCAGGAUCGAGGAUUGCUUCGUGUUUGGGGGGUCGGCGAGGGUCACGAUCUGCAAGACGGCGUACAAGGGGUUGCGAGCCCAGCAAGCCACUAUGAUUCAGAAGCUGCGUCGCCUGCAACGCAGCCUCAGAGAGAAUCAUCAGUGUAUGGUCCACCCGUCGAUCAAUCGAGCCCCAGUACCGUCAGUGGCGAUACCAUUCAAGAUUCUGUUGGCGGUUUGGGCCCGGAUGGCAGACCCGACUUCAGGCAAGCAACUUUAAAGAAGCUUCACAAGGAAUACGAAAAUCACAUCCAUGUUCUGCAUCCUUUUAUGAACCCCUACCAACUAGAGAAGAUGAUCACCGAGUUCGGUGCGGUAUAUAGCCCUGAGGCCAGGGCCACCCAGACCACCAUGUCACCCGCUGCUGUGGAACGCCUCCAUCCGACUGGCGUGAAGAGGAAACGAUCCAACAGCAUAUACCUCGAAAACCAAGAGCUCUACCCCAAAGGAUACGUCGCAAAGUCACUACGCAAUGGCAUCGUUCUACUUGUGCUCGCACUCGGCAAAGUCUGUGAAUACAAGGGACCUCUACCCAGCCCUCAUUCGGACAGAAAUCCUCUGGGUAAUGGAGCUGGCAGCUUCUACCGUGAUUCACCACGGUCAUACAACGGCAGCUUCCACAGUGAUGAUGGCGACGCCAGACAAAGGAACCUUGAUAUUAUCCCGGGAAUGGCCUACUUCUCGCUGGCAACCGAUAUCAUGGGCAACAACACUGCUGGAAACACGGUUGCGCAUGCACAAGCCAACCUUUUGGCAGCAUUGUAUAUUGCUCAGUUUGCCCGCGUCAUGGAAAGUUGGAGCUGGAUCAGCAAUGCCUGCAGAAUAGCUCUGGUCCUGAUCAAGGCUGAUUAUACGUAUAUCAACCGAGAUCUUCUCCUCCGAAAUGAGCAGGGGCAGACCCCGGCUACGGCCCCCUCUCCACUUCCAACCGUCCCUCGCAAAGAUCGUCAUCGAUUGAACCUCGUCAAAGUCAUCUAUUACACUUGCCUGCAGUUGGAAACGGACAUAUUGGCGGAGUUGAGCACCUUGCCUCCUACGGGCGGAGCUUGCGCCGGACUCUGAUCUAACCUUCUUCAUCUAUUCCGGCAUGAUCUCUCUGCGUGUUCUCCU